UCUCCUUCGUCCAGCCACCUCGUCGUUUUCUGUCAUCAGGAGAACGGAGAAGGCGCCUUCUCGUAUUUUGGCCGCAUCAGAGCUCUAGAGUAGAGCCAAGGGCGUCUCCAACGACGCGCGCAGCAUGACGGCCAGGAAAGAGGGGACACAACAGCCGACGCCGGCGGAUACGCCGCCCCAGCGAGCGGGCAGCCGUGGGCGGCCCAAGAACCACGGGGAGGAGGACGAGAAGGGCGGCGCCGAUAUGCCCUCUGGAGGCUGGCCGGACCGUGGGCGCUCCAGGGUACGGCGCCCAUCGAACCCGCUCUCGGAGGACAACCUGCGGCGGAGAGGAUACCAUUCGCUCAUGUCCUCCUUCGGCAAGGUCUUCCACGUCGAGCGCCGCUGGAAGCUCGUGCGCGAAAUGGGAUCGGGCGCGUAUGGUGUGGUCAUCUCAGCGGCCGACGAGAUAUCGGGCGAAACGGUGGCGAUCAAGAUGGUCACGCGUGUGUUUGAGAAGACCCAGCUGGCCAAGCGCGCUCUACGGGAGAUCACUCUUCUACGACACUUCGCUGGACACGAGAACAUUACGGGAUUAAUCGACGUCGACGCCAUAACCCCCGACUUCAAUGAGCUCUACAUCUUCAUGGAGCCCAUGGAAGCUGAUCUGCACCAGAUCAUCAAAUCAGGGCAGACGCUCACCAAUGAGCAUGUCCAGUACUUCCUAUACCAGGUUCUCCGCGGCAUGAAGUACAUCCACUCCGCGUCUGUUAUCCACAGGGACCUCAAGCCAGGCAAUCUGCUCGUCAACGCAGAUUGCGAGCUCAAGAUUUGUGACUUUGGCUUGAGUCGGGGAUAUGAUGCGAACCCAGACGAGAACACGUCACAUCAUCUCACGGAAUAUGUGGCCACUCGGUGGUACCGAGCCCCCGAAAUCAUGUUGGCAUUCCGUCGAUAUAAUACAGCAAUCGACGUCUGGUCAAUAGGCUGCAUAUUUGCCGAACUGCUUCUCGGAAAACCUUUGUUCAAGGGAAAAGAUUACUUUGACCAGCUCAACAAAAUUCUGGACGUCCUGGGUAGCCCCGAUGAGUUUGUCAUCUCACGAAUAGGCAGCGAAAAGGCCCAAGCAUACGUCCGCUCUCUGCCCUACAAGCCUAGGGUACCCUUCAACAAAGUCAUUCCCUCUGCAGACUCGCAAGCUGUGGACCUCCUGACAAAGAUGCUGGCAUUCGACCCCAGCGAUCGCAUUUCCGUCGUCGACUCGCUCGCCCACCCUUACCUCUCCGCCUACCACGACGUCACUGACGAACCAGACUGCCCUCGGGUCUUCGACCGCUGGCGAGAGGUGGAGGAACUCGAGACGAUCGAUGACUUCCGGGAAGCGCUCUGGAACGAGAUCGAGGACUACCGGCGCGAGGUGCGCGGGAUGCCGCGGCACGACCCGCUAUCUGGCGUGCCACUACGACGCUCCACCUCGCGCACAGAGUCGAGCUCGCGCAGCGUGUACGAGGACGCGGAGGAGAUCCUGGUGCCGGAGGUCGUGAAGGAGGAGGUGGCCGUCGAUGAGACGACCGCGCCGCCCUCACCACAGCCGGCGGUGCGGACUGUGUCGGAGGACACGGAGUCCCAGCAGACGGUCACCACUGAGAUCGUCGAGGAGCCCUCGCCACUGCCCGCCCCGCCACAAACAGCCCCGCAGAUGUCGGAAGCCGCGCGCAUCGCGGCGAUGGACGCUGCGACCCUCGCGCCGGGCGUCGUCGCGCGCCGCCGGACGCGCUCGGCGACGACAGAUCCUGUCGUCACCUACGCGCGGCGGUCGAGCAUCUUACAACCACGGCAGUCCUCCAUGUACGGGACGCAGUUCCCUGCCGCGAUCGAGGGCCUGCCGUCCACUUCAGAGCCCGCCGGUAUCGCCUUCCCCAGCCAGGGCUACGUCGUGCCCGCGCGGUCGCGGACGGGGUCGACCGUGGGCGGCGAGCCGUACACGCGCAAGUUGCUGCGCACGCUCAGUACGGUCAGCAUCCACGAGCGGCUGCCGGCCGUGGCACUCGCCCGCGCGCAGGCGAUACAGGAGGGCAAGGAGGCGGCUGAGAGCAAAAGUGCCGGCAAGGACAGCGGCGAAGACAAGGAAGGGAAGGUCGAGAGCGAGGACGUGGCGGACCCGAAGGCGCGGCUGGGGAGGUACAUUGUGGAGAAGUCGGCGACAGGCGCGGACGCUCCGCCCAGCGAGAUGCCGCGCGAGUUCGAUGAGGUGGAGAAGCAGGAGUUCGAGUAAUGGUGGGGGCUAGCGGGGGAGAGGUGUUGAGCAAGGUCGGUGAUGGGCAGUCUAACGUGAAGGUCAGAGGAAGAAGCAUAACAUUUUUUUGGAUGCGAGACGGAUGGUUACGAGACACAUGCUCUAGACUAACUUAGUUAAGGACCUCUACUACAUGCUAGAUACAGCCCAGGUCAGCUACGAAAUGGGUGACCGGUCAGCUUUACUGUCGAUGUGUCGACGUUGAGCAACGAAACGGGUCUGAGGUUGUGGGUGCGCCGACGGAGCGACACGUGAGGAAGCCGGCCAUAGCCGACAAGUAUCAUUCGAGUGUUGAACCUGCA